AUGGCCCAAAAUCAUUACCAGUGGGGAAGCGAAAAAACCUUCAUAGAGAAACCUCCAACAAAAGGCGGUAUGUACGAAGUAAGUAGUCUUGACCAUGUCAAUGCUAAGGUAGACGCUCUUACUCAAAAGAUACACAACUUGGCCAUAACACCCACAACCACCGUGGCUGCGGUAGCACUAAACUGCGAGAUAUGCGGAGUUCCUGGGCAUGCUGCCCCUGAAUGUCAACUUUUGACAGGAGUCUCCACUGACCAGGUUCACCAUGCUGAAGGAAACCCUUACUCAAACACCUAUAACCCAGGUUGGAAGAACCAUCCUAACUUUUCGUACAAAAACAAUAAUGCAUUGUAUGCACCUAACCAAUCACCUGCUAUACCACCAGGAUAUCAUAAAGCUGCCACAAAUACUCAAAAUGCUCCUAGGAAGUCAAACCUAGAAAUAAUGAUGGAAACCUUCAUAGCUACCCAAGCCUAA